CCGGAAGUCGUAUAAACGGGUCAUGCUUUGGGCAGCAGUGCCAGAAGUCGUCCAGUCACUCAAAUUUGAACUCUGUGGAGUAAGUGGUUAUCGAAAUAUCUAUCGAUUGCAGCUACUCAUAUAAUGCAUUUUGUAAUGGGGACAAAAACAAAUGAUUUGCAAGAGAUCUAAAAACGACGUAUAAGCUAUUGAGUAUCACGAACAGAUUUCUGGACAGUAAUAAUGGAAGAUGUGACAGGCGCUCAGCUCGUUGCUGAGGCACUAAAAGCUCAGAAUGUAGAAUAUAUGUUUGGAAUAGUUGGUGUUCCCGUCAUUGAAGUGGCUAUGGCAGCUCAAGCCUCAGGAAUCAAGUAUGUGGGAAUGCGCAAUGAACAAGCCGCUUGCUAUGCUGCAUCUGCUGUUGGUUACCUCACUGGACGUCCAGGGGCUUGUCUGGUUGUGUCUGGACCGGGACUCAUCCAUGCUCUUGGUGGAAUGGCCAACGCUAACAUGAACUGCUGGCCUGUGAUUGUUAUUGGAGGCUCCUCCGAUCAAAACCAGGAGACCACUGGGGCGUUUCAAGAGUUUCCACAGGUGGAGGCGUGCAGACUGUACAGUAAGUUCUCAGCUAGGCCCAGCAGUCUGGAUAUGAUCUCCUCAGUGAUAGAGAAGGCAGUACGCACUAGCAUGUAUGGACGUCCCGGUGCUGUAUACGUAGACAUAUCUGGGGACAUGGUCAAUGCUAAAGUGGACAGGAGCAGAGUCAGAGAGGUGCCCUGUUGUCCACCUCCUCCAGUGAGUAUGGCUGACCAUAUCGCGAUCACAGAAGCACUGGCUGUCCUAAAAGGAGCCAAACGGCCUUUACUCAUCAUUGGGAAAGGUGCAGCCCAUGGAAGAGCAGAGGGGGCUCUGAGGGAGCUGGUGGAGGGGUGUGGCCUGCCCUUCCUGCCCACCCCCAUGGGUAAAGGGGUGCUGCCUGACGACCACCCCAACUGUGUUGCUGCUGCCCGCUCCAGAGCUCUGCUCCAGUCUGAUGUUGUGGUCCUACUUGGUGCCAGGCUCAACUGGAUCCUGCACUUUGGCAUUCCCCCCAGGUUUGACCCCCAUGUAAAGGUCAUCCAG